UGUCCCCGUUCACUAAAACCAAUAGAACUUCCGUCCCCACUAAAGUAAUAGGAGUGCGCAUACCCUGGGUUCCUCUCUGUUAUGAAUCUCUCGGAAUCGUAGAUACACGUAGACAGCCUCAAGAUAGGAUUGUUGUUGAGUUUUUCGCUGUUCUUAGAUUCUUUCCUCUUCUGUAAUUAUCCAUCGUAUGUCAUAACACGUAUUUUAAAAUGGAGAGAAAUAUUAGCAAGAUACUUGACAUAUCGUGGAGAUUCGGAGUGACUGCAGCAAGUAAUGAUUCCAACAAUAGCAAAUCAUUUCUACAACUUAAAUUAUGUCUUGAUAAUGAUGGUAAAGUUAAGAAUGUAUUUACUGAGAUGACAAUAGGGCAGUUUUAUAAAUUUUUGCACGACUUGGAAAAGGCAAAAUGUAAUCUUGAUUUGUUGGUAUAAUUGAAAUAUUUCAAUAAUGUUAUAUAUAAAUAUUACCUAUGUUAAGAUA